AUGCCGCGCGUCCCGCUUCCACUGCUGGACAUAGGCCUCCCCAAAGGCACGCUACAGAGCACCAUUUUCCCCUUUCCUCAUCCAGCCACUAACAGCGACCUUUCUCAGGUCAUCGGUCCACCUGGCACCUAUUUCGCUACAUUCAGUUCGAAAAGUGAGGACGAUCUUUUAGGCCAAUAUUUGGCUAGGUGUAGCGAAACGGCUUGCUACUCAUUUCCUCAGCGCUACGAUGGUGGAGGCAGCGAUGGC